UGCCCAUCUCCCAGAAAUCUAGCUCUGUCUCACUAUGGAGGCCACAACCUGUAAUGGAUCAGUGGACAGCUCACCCGUCUUCUACCUAGUGGGCAUCCCCUCUCUGCCAGAGUCCUUUUUCCUCCCUGUGUUUUUUAUUUUCCUCCUCUUCUAUCUUCUCAUCCUUAUGGGUAAUGCUCUGAUCCUGGUGGCUGUGGUGGCAGAGCCCAGCCUCCACAAGCCUAUGUACUUCUUUCUGAUCAACCUCUCUGCCCUGGACAUCCUUUUCACCACAACCACUGUCCCCAAGAUGCUGUCCCUAUUCUUGCUUGGGGACCAUUUCCUCACCUUUCCUUCCUGCUUAUUGCAGAUGUACCUCUUCCAAAGUUUUACAUGCUCUGAAGCCUUCAUCCUGGUGGUCAUGGCCUAUGACCGCUAUGUGGCUAUCUGCUGCCCACUGCACUACCCUGUCCACAUGACCCCACAGACCAACACUAUGCUGGCAGCCAGUGCCUGGCUCACUGCCCUCCUCCUGCCCAUCCCGGCUGUAGUAAAGACCUCCCAGAUGGCAUAUAACAACAUUGCCUACAUCUACCACUGCUUCUGUGACCAUCUGGCUCUGGUCCAGGCCUCCUGCUCUGACACCACCCCUCAGACUCUCAUGGGCUUCUGCAUCGCCAUGGUGGUGUCCUCCCUCCCCCUUCUCCUGGUGCUCCUCUCCUACGCCCACAUCCUGGCCUCAGUGCUUCGCAUCAGCUCCCGAGAAGGACGGUCCAAAGCCUUCUCCACCUGUAGCUCCCACCUCCUGGUGGUGGGUACCUACUACUCAUCCAUUGCCAUCGCCUAUGUGGCCUACAGGGCUGACCUACCCCUCGACUUCCACAUCAUGGGCAAUGUAGCAUACGCUAUUCUCACACCAAUCCUCAACCCCCUCAUUUACACCCUGAGAAACAAGGAUGUAAAGGCCGCCAUUACCAAAAUUGCAUGUCUCAAGAACCCAGGCUGUGACAGGGGCAUUUGACCUUUAAUGCAAUUAAUACUGUUCCCAGGAC